AAAGCUGCCUCAGCUCUGAGCGCUCAAACUUUAGCUUCUCAGUGGCUGCUAUUGCAGAAUAAGAUCGGAGGUUGAAUACCAAUCUCUGUAUAUCUCUAUAUUUAUUUUUUAUUAAUUUGAAGCUCAGAUGUAUUUUCCAGCGAUCGCUCCAUCAGCCUCCGUGUCACCUCACUUCCGUUUCAGAAUUUUAAAGCUGUUGCAAUCACCUUCUGCCCGCCUCCGUCCUUUGUGCGGGUCACUGUGGUUAGGGUAUAUUUUUUGACAUGAGAUUCUACAACAGUUUUUUGGGGCCCAGACGGUGUUUUGAAGAUGCAGGCUGCCUUCUACCUCUUCUGGCACAUUUCCAGGAAGAAGGUAAACGGUGAGUUGAAGGGGUUGAAUUAAGCGAUGUGCGUGGCUGUUAGAGCUAGUGCCAAAGCACGGAGGAAGUUGAGGAAGUCGGAGAUGUUCGGAUGCAUUGCGAGUCUCCCGGGGCAGAGAAGCACGUUGAGAAAUCUGUUUCUCUUCUGUUGUUACUUGUCUGCAGUGAGUUGUCUCUUCCCUCUUGCUGUGGAAUUUGCGCUCACAAAUCUUGCAGAGGAGCAGGAAGACCGCUUCUGCGCAAGUGAUCUUGUGGAUCACUCAGAUGAUCUUGUGGUGGCCUUUAAGUGGCUGUGGAGCUCUCACGCUGCUGUCAGCAGGUCCUUAGGGGCAAGAAAAAGUAUUGGUGCCACAGAUCUGUGUUGAAAGAAGAUGUGAUGUCCGGAAUGGGAACAGAAUUUCAGCUGUUAGCACUACCAGCACAGAAGGAAACUUAACUGGAAUGCGCAGGCUUUCCUUGCGAUCUUGGUCAGGUUCACUGGCAUCUUAACGGUGCUCCAUUAAGGGAAGAGCUCUGUGGGUGAACCAGCCUCAGCUGGAUGGGGUAGCAUCCAUCUCUGGAUGUGUAUUAUUGCAGAAAUCAGGACCUUGGAUCUUUCUGGAAACUUCCAACAGAUGCUCCAAGCCUUCUGGUGCUGGUUAUGUUGCAUCCUCCCCCCGAAGGCAUUGUUAUUGCUGCAUCCUUCACGCGUGCACAUAUUCCUUAGUGGGAGGCUGAUUGGAGACGGGCAGGAAGCUGGAUCCCUUGGGUAGCUGUGCUCACUGAAAUGUGAUGGAGUCUCAUUCACUGACCUUCAGGUGCAGAGUAAGAGAAAGAGUCCAGACUCUAAGUAAAGCUCUGGAAUAUUCCUGAGAGCUGCAGAAGGCAUGCUGAUGUUUGCUUUGUUUAGGUGGGCCAGUGUUCCUGGUCACAGGAGCCUUUGGCCCCAGCAACUUGUCUAAACUUAUCGCUACACAAGCUGCGAUGGUUCUCUUUUUGGCCUUCACGAGAAAGGAGUAAAAUUCUGGGAGAACACAAGUUAGUUUAAUAUGCACAUGUGCUGUUUUCAGGGGACUUGUCACUAGAUUGUUAGUGGCCUGCACUGAGUUAGCUUUGCAACUAAUGGCAAGCAUGUUUCUGUCAGUGGAAGUACUGCAGCACAUUCGUACGUGGCAUCAGCUGGUAAUCCUCCUGAAUUUUAGCUCCACUAAUAAGUGGACAGAUGAGUCUGAAAGCUGCCCAGGUAGAACAUAGCUUGGAAAUUACAUUCAGGGAAUUAAUUGUGUCCCCUACUGGGAGUUAUGAGUGAGCUGAAAUCUGUAGGUUGCAGAAUUGUUUCAUGGGGGUCUGUGCUUUCCUUUUUCACUUGGGCAAAACUCUGCAGCCCUGAUUACUACUGAAGAGCCUUCCUCUUGGAAAUAGACUUUCUGGUGAGUUAGCAGUUUAGUGGAGAUCAUAAGAGAGAUCUCGGAAUGUGGAUUGCUCCGCAAAUGUGAGCAGGACUAAUGAUCAGUGGCAUCUGAAUGUUUUAAAUUUUUGUGUGUAUGGGGGUUUAAAUCUUUACUCAGGCUCUGCUGGUUACCUGUCUCAAAUACCUGUAUUACAAACCAGCCAUGGGUGUUGACUGGAGCAAGUCAACGAUCACUGCUGGAAAGGGUGAGUAUUUGAUGACAGGCCUCCCUGAGACGAGAGGAUUCUUUGAGACAGAAGGGCUAGUGGUCUUACCUGAAGUGAGCAAUACCUGUGAAAAUCUCCCUGCACCUAGAUCAUCUCGAAGGACGUGGAGGAAGACUUGAGGUUUGUAUGCUGGUGAGACCUGAACGUUCUCCCCUCGAGGAAGAGGUUGAGAGAUUCGUUGCCUUUUAACAAACAGGGAGAGAAGUAUGGAGCACAGUCAGCUCUUCUGAAGUUUUGGGUUGGAGCCCCUUCUCUGAAGUGGGGCUAGUGGAUCAGCUUGCAAGAAGAGUUCAGAUAAGAGUAUUUAUGAUCUUUGAGAAUCACAUGGAGUAUCACUAUUUUCUCCCUAUAUUGGAAAAGGAUCUCGGUAUAAUGACCAUAAGAAUAAAAGGUUUAAGUCACAUCGUGCUCUGAUGUUGUGCAAAGUUAUUUUUGUGGUAAAAUAACAGUGCCUCGCUAGCAUUCUUUGAAGAGGCUUGCCUGAAGAUGAACAUGAUUAAGCUCUGAAAGUACUGAACGCUUUUUUUUGUAGGCAUUAUAUUUCCACCGUUAGAGAGCUCAGCAGGACUAUUCCUGGAUGCAGUGUCUGUUUCUGUAGCCUGCUGCCUGUGGCCUCCUGUUUCUGCGAAUGGACCUGGGAGAAUGUACAAAGAUCCAUGACUUGGCACUGCGAGCAGAUUAUGAGAUUGCAAGUAAAGAGAGAGACCUGUUUUUUGAGCUGGAUGCGAUGGAUCACCUGGAAUCCUUCAUCGCAGAGUGUGAUAGGAGAACAGAACUGGCCAAGAAACGCCUGGCUGAGACACAGGAAGAGAUCAGUGCUGAAGUGUCGGCAAAGGCAGAGAAAGUACAUGAGCUGAAUGAAGACAUUGGAAAACUCCUAGCUAAAGCUGAACAGCUGGGAGCUGAAGGAAAUGUUGACGAGUCUCAAAAGAUCCUGAUGGAAGUGGAGAAAGUCCGAGCGAAAAAGAAAGAGGCAGAGGAAGAAUACCGAAAUUCAAUGCCUGCAUCCAGUUUCCAGCAGCAGAAGCUGCGUGUGUGUGAAGUCUGUUCAGCAUAUCUUGGUCUCCAUGACAACGACCGGCGUCUUGCUGACCACUUUGGAGGCAAAUUACACUUGGGUUUCAUUCAGAUCCGUGAGAAGCUGGAUCAGCUGAGGAAAACAGUGGCAGAAAAGCAAGAGAAGAGAAACCAGGAUCGUUUGAGACGGAGAGAGGAGAGAGAACGAGAGGAGAGAAUGGGCAGACGGUCUGGAUCAAGAAAUAGAGAUCGUCGAAGAUCACGGUCUCGGGAUAGGAGGCGAAGACGCUCGAGAUCGGCUUCCCGUGAACGGCGGAAGUCUCGCUCCAGGUCCCGAGACCGACACAGACGCCACCGGAGCCGUUCCCGCAGCCACAGCAGAGGUCACCGACGGGGGUCCAGAGACAGGAGUUCAAAACACAAAUCUUCUAGAGAUCGAUCUUCAAGAGAAAAGUCACGAGACAGAGAGAGAAAAGAGAAGAGCUCUUCUGAGAGGCGGCACGAGAGCACAAAUGGCAAAUCUCGUUCCAAGAGAUCAGAAGAGAGAGAAGCUGGCGAGAUCUGAACUCAAACGAUCUGUGUUGCACUGUAAAUAGUCUGAUAAACAUUCUACACAAAGCCUAAAUUUCCCAUUUAUAUUUACUGAAUACAACUCAUCUUUUGUAGUUUGGAAUUUUUAUUGUUUGGCAGAUAGCUGUGAGUUUGUAGAGACACAGAGUUACGUACUGUUUAACAGGAUUUUGUUUUAGUAGGAAUAAAUAAAUCUGGACGGAUCGUUUUCAAU